GAAACAUCGCCCGGAGGUCAUCGGCGUCAAAACAGCGGAGAACGACCCAAUGCGAUGAUGCACGACAGCACAGCUGCUCAGAGGGUGAAACGCAACAGAUGAGCAGAUGAUAGACACAGCUGCUGCUCUACUGACUUACAAACGCUGCUCUGGAUAACCGAAAAGAAUGAACACAAACGACGCGAAGGAUUACCUCUCCAAACGACAGAUCCCACACCUUUUUGAGAGCAUGUUAACAGGGCUGAUGUACCACAGGCCCGAGGACCCUUUGACAUUCUUGGAGAGUUGCCUGCAGAAAACACGAGACCUCGGGGGUCCUGAAUGUGUGGCCUGGGACACUUUUAUUACACCUGAUCGAAAACCUCUACCACCAAUCACCCCGGCACAGGGAAAGAAAGCCCCCUGCAAACUCGACAGUGGUCCUGGUCCAGGCCCCGGACCUUACCGUCGAUAUGACAGGUUGCCACCAAUCCAGGCCCAGUUCUCUAUAGAAAGUGACUCAGACAUGACGGAGUCCUCGGGGCUCAUACAGGAAUAUGAUGUCUUUGACCCAUCAAAACCACGACCACACAUCAUAUUCAUUAUAGGUGGACCGGGCAGUGGGAAGGGCACUCAGACAGCUAAACUUGCACAUCACUAUGAUUACGAACAUGUGUCUGUGGGGGAAAUUUUGAGGAACCAGUUGCUGCAUCAUGCCCCCAGUGACAGGAAAUGGGAGCUGAUUGCUCAGAUCAUUGCCAAUGGAGAACUGGCACCUCAGAUGUGGUGUAUUUAA